GUUUACAUUGGUACCGUAAUCAUCAUACAUGCAGUGAAGACAUUACAGAGAUGUCUGUACUACAGCUAUAUGUUCUACUAUCAGUUCUUGCAGGAACAACUCACACUAAACUUUGUUAUUUUUGUUGGACGUAUGCAUAUCAGGCAAACCUCUGCAGAUGGGGACAAAUAAGCUGCGGAGAUGGAUUAUUGUGUUCAACCACAAUAUUUGAAUACUACCAAGAUUAUACCAAGGAGCGUACUUAUAUUUACGUUUUCAAUGACUGUAUUCCUCUGGAACAAUGUAAUCUGAUUGGAAGUUUCAGCUCUGGACAGGAAUCGACUUGGUUGGCUACCGCCUGCUGUGACACCGACUUUUGCACCCCGGAUGUACCUGCAAUAAUAAGGACAAGCUCUGAGCCCAAUGGAGUAACAUGUCCCGCCUGCGCUUCUCAUGAAACGCUUAAUUGUGAACCCGAUGGAUUUAUGGCGUGUCGAGGGGACGAGACCAACUGUGCUUUGAAAACCACAGAUUUCACAGCAUACUAUGCAGAGGAUUAUAUGUUCUACUACUGGUAUGGAAGCGGUGCAGCAGAAUAUUUUAACUACACGGGUAGAACACCAUUCUGGCUGCAGCAGAUUUCCUAUCGAGGUUGCGCCACUGAUAGCGUUUGUGAAUUUGGCACACAAUAUCUCGGUAAAUAUACUGUACAAGAGACCGUUCACUACCAAUGUACGGGUGGCACUGAAGAAAGUUCCAGCUACCCCACUGCUCUGAUCCUUUGUUGUAUUGCUCACAUUUUACUCUAUUUGUUUAUAUUUUAGAAAUUAAAUGACUAAUACAUUUUUUUAAAUAAAACCUUGAUUAUUAGGAUAUUUAAUUAUUUUUGAACUAUUUAUCUAAAAUGUAUCUGCAAUUCUAUUCAGUCUUUAUGUACACCCCUGCCAGACAGCACACCCAGAAAGGUGAAAUCACUUACUCUGUUAAGGAAGGCAGUGAUGUCACACCCCGCCCUCCAGCAUGCUGAUUGGACAAUGAAGGAGCAGAAGAAGACAACUCAAUAGCUCUCCUCCUGUCAACAGGUUUACUUUAUGUGCAUGCAGGAGAGCCUACUGGCUUCCUGUGCUGCCCCUUUUAGACAUGUACAGUUUGUUUCAUUCCAAACCCAUUUUUCGACUAAAUUUGUCAAAUUUCGUUAAUUCAUAAAUAUUCAAAUUAAUGAAGACCCGCUGAACAAAUCUUUCCGAAAACAAAAUGAAAACAUUUUGAAAAUUCUAAAUUUUAAAAAUUUGAAAUUUUAAAAA